AUGAUUCCGUUAUUAAUCGUUGGUAGCAUCGCUUGUUUAUUAGGCUAUGCAUACUCACCCUUUCCACGUUGGUCUACAUAUUUUCAGCUUUGGAAAAAUGUAGUAUUGAACUAUACAGUAGAAGUACCUCUUAGUGUCAGAGUGCAACAAGCACAAUUACUUCUGAAGUAUGGUCUUUCCGCACCUUUCUACACAUUUUUGUGGUAUUUGGAUGAACUAUUAUAUCCUAACUAUAAAAAGCAAAAAAUUGAGCCAGUAUUUAUUAUUGGCUCACCUCGCAGUGGCACUACACUUUUGCAUCGAACUCUUGCUCAAGAUGAAGAGACGUUUUUCGCCAUACGACAUUUCGAAUGGCGCUAUCCAUUUGUAAUAGUGCAAAAGUUAAUUAAGCUAUUUUAUCUAGAGGAUUACAUUAAAAAGACAAAUUACUGGCCCGCUACAAAAAUUGGGAAUGAAGCAUCAAAGAUGCAUGCCAAUACCUUGUAUGAUUGGGAAGAAGAUGGCAUACUCUUUGAUGAAUGCUUCUUACAUCAUCUCUUUGUCAUUACUAAAUUUCCGUACCCGAACCUUAUGUCUCUACUCGGUGAUUUGCCGCCACAGGGACAAAAUCAUCUUCUUGCCAUACACCAAAAAGUCAUCCAAAAGAUUAUGUACAUUAGAGGAGAGAAUAAAAUUUAUUUAUCAAAGGACGUUAUAUGUCACACUAAGCUUAACAUUCUUAUUAAAAUGUAUCCUCAUGCAAAAUUUAUUAUCUGCUUGCGUCCUUCGCGAGAAUUUAUAAAUUCCUUUCUUGCAUUGAUUCGAGCCUCGACGAUGGCCAAGACUGGCAUUGAUAUUUUCACCGCAAGAGGAUUAAAAUCAGUCCAUGAACGAAGAUUGCGUGAUGACUGCCUAAAGUUGCUUGAUUUUAAACACCAAGAGGAGUUAUACGUUUUAUAUAACAAGUUUAUUAAAGACAUUAGAGGCACUGUCGAAAAUAUAUAUAUGAAUUUUGGAAUUAACAUGCCAGAGCGUUACAUUCAGCAUUUAGAACAGUUACAGGCUAGUCAAAAGGAGCGGAAAAAAAAUUAUACUUAUGAAUACGAAGAAUUUGUUGGCUUUGAAGCACUUGAUAAUUUUAUUAAUUCUAUUAUUUAG